AUGUCAUUAGCUUCACCGUUGCACCCGCACGCUAAUGCUACGAAAACUGAAGCAGCAACUGCAGAGACUUCCUCAAGAAUUUCUGCUCCGUCUGCUUUCAACAUUGAUCGAAGUCUCUCUGCUUCUCCAUCAUCUUCCGCCGCUACAAAUGGAAAAGCAGGGAACCUCCGAUCCUCUCGAAUUGCCUUGUCGAUUCUAUUGGAGAUUAUCCUGUUGGUGAUUCCCUUUACGUUUCUUACGGGUGCCUACCUGUGUCAGGAAUUGUAUUCAGGUCCAUUUGUGAAGUACAUGGAUUCUUUCAGGAUCAUGGACAAGGGCGCUGAUGACCGAGGUUAUUAUUUUUCCUUGGAUCAAGACGUAACGUACUAUCACCGUCACUGCACCAAGGAAGACAUCACUACUUUUGGUCUCAACAAGACGGAUCGAUCCAACCUGAUGAUUUUGCCAAAUGAAAAUACAACACCAGAAUAUGCGCAAGAUAUUAUGAUGAAGCAUGGUGCUGUCAUUUUGCCACAAGUAUUGACUCCGGAAACUGCUACCAACUUGAGAUCGUAUUUAGAGUCUCGUCAUGAAAUUCAAGACACCCUCAGUUGGCAAGAGAAAUUUUGGACAGGAAUCAAUCGUCUCAGUCUCGGUCUGGGAUUCAACGACGAUCCGUCGAUUCAAAAAGCCAUCCACGAAAUUGGACACAAUCCCAUGAUUCAAGCUACAUUGGAAGGACUCUUUGGCGAACCAGAUGCCGCCAUUGUCGAAAUUUCAACUCUCACAUCUCUACAUGGUGCUGAAAAUCAAGGCUUGCAUUCGGAUUCCGACUUUUUUGGUUCCAGUCUUUUGUACGGCCGCACUUUUUUGCAUUCCUACACCAUGUUUGUGUCCCUUCAAGAUACUACCUCUCGAAUGGGUGCCACUACCGUCUGUCCUGGAACUCAUUGGUGCGCCAAUCCAGAAAUGGACGAAUUCUGUUUACCGAAUGAAUACGAAUACCAAGAAGAAGAUGUCCAGGAAGCCUUUGACGAAUACAAUGAAAACGAAGCUUUUGACGUUUCCUCAAAUGGUGUCACGGCCAAAGAAGGAGGCGUCUUACUUCAAGGAGAUGCCAUGAUGUUCAAUCAGAAUGUCUUUCAUCGUGGACCCCAAAAUGAUGAUCCAACCUUCAAGGACACAAAUCGAGUCAUGUUCAUUGUGACCUUUGUCAAUAAGCGGGACUUUGAAAAGUACGGAGAUGUUCGUCAGCAAGGUAUGGGGACGUAUUACUAUCAAAGGUGGACCAUGUGGGGACAUUCCUUUUCCGAUUUCCGUCAUGCUCUUUCCUCGAAACAUUCCUUUUGGAAACAACCAUGGGCCACCUUCAAGGCCUUGGGAAUUACGGCUUCCAAUGCGGUUCCAUGGCCCGAGCACGUGGCUCGACAGCUGGCCAACCAAAUGGAUUUCUUUCUCGAAGACGAAUUGCCAGAUUUCAAGGAUUAUAUGGAAUUGACCGGUGGAUUCAUUGCUCCAAUCGUCCAACAGGGAACGUCCAGUGACGAUUGGCAUGAAUACAUUCCGCAAGUUUUGGGGAAUUUUGUCGAAGCUUGCUUGUAUGCCUACCAAUGUGGACUGAUAGCAGUAUUUGUCAUGUGCAUGUUGCUUUCUCCGAGUGGCACCCGUCUAUCCUUUCUCAAGCGUCUACUGGGAUUUCACUUGCUCAUCGCCAGUGUUGGUUAUGGACUUUUCUACGCCAUUCAGGAAUAUUCGUUCUUAGGCCAAAAGGUUGUCUCCAAUGUUAUCAAGGUGACUCCAUUUGCCGAUUCUGGUAGUAGCAUUCCCAAGGCAACCACUUUGCCCGAUCGUUCGGAUUAUUUGGUUGGAAGUCGGUACGAUGCCGACUUUUUGGGAAGUUACAACCGUGCACUGGACUAUCAGCCGGGAAAUAUGGCAUUGGAUAAGUUGGUUGCAGAAUACGGAUCCUCUCAUUUGCCGUCCGAGUGCCUGGCAAAUUUGAUUAGGGAACAAUGGGACACACCACGAUCGGCCAAUCCGCCUCGUAUGCUUCUCCAAGACGCUGCAACUGGGUACUGGACAUUAAUGAACGAUGCCGCCGCUUUGGAACACCUGCAACGAUUAAUUCUUCGACGACAGCAACCCCUGCUGCAACAUCUCGACAAGCACUUGUUGCAAGCUUUGGCCGAUGCGAGAUUCGGACGUCGUCGCGAGACUUCGAUGGCCAAGUACCAAACAAUCGCUCUCUUAGAAGACUUGCAAGCAAGAUUCCUUUCACCUCCAUCGUCGCCAAAGGGUGUAUUAAGCAAGAAUGCUGUUGCAACCUUUUCCCCAUCGAAAUCACUGCUGCACCCGACAAGCUCCACGACCGCAGCUCUGCGAUCGCCUUCGAAUUUGUUGCGUCCAAAAUCCACUCCACACUACCUCAGUACUGGAAGCCGCGUAUGGGCAGCAUCAGGUGCGGGUGCUAUUUGGCACGGAAGCUGGGAGGCGGCACGAGUGGUCGAGAAACUGGACAAUGGUCUGAUUAAGGUGGUAUACGACAAAGAUGGCAUGAAGCAGCGUUCUCUCGCGCCAAUGUUGGUACAACCAUACCAUCAUUUUGUGCAAGGUGACAAGGUAGAAUUUUUGUAUUCCGAUGGCGGGCUGACUUUGGACUGGCUUGAAGGCGAAAUUGACAGCGUAUCUCCACUUGGCUGGUACAAUGUUCUAUCGGGAGGGCACUUGGUCUCCAGGAUAGCAGCCGAUGACCUUCGGGCCCCAAUCCUGAGGCAAGGAUUGCAAGCUGGCGAUAUCACUUGGGCUGCCGUCUCCAAAACCGGGAAACCCACUGGCGUGGUUGGUGUUUGGGCCAAGGCGUCAAUUGUCAAAACAUCCAAGGAUAAGGUCUUGGUGAAGUUCGACAGUUCCGAUCUGUUGGAAGAAAAGGAAUGGACUGAUGUUCAACCAUACUUCACAGUUGAAGCAGGCGACUUUGUUGAAGUGAGACUUCAUGAUGGAUCCUGGUGGGGGGCAACAAUCGAAGCUGCAUUUGAAGUGAACGAGGACAAGACGGGUGAAGACAGCGAAGAUAGUGAAGAUGAAAGCAGCGAUCACGCCGGCAUGAUAAAACGCGACUUUGAUGUGUACGUCAUAGAAUAUGACGAAGAGCUGGAGGGCGUUGAAGAACAUCAUAUUCGACCGCUCUUGCCACUCUUGGCAGUAGGCACUCGCGUGCUGUCUAAUUAUGCAGCCGGGGGCAAUUGGUUCCAAGGUACUGUUGAUCAAGUGCAUUCUUAUCACCGAACGUACAGUAUAAAAUACGAUGAUGGCGAUUUUGAGACGAACGUUACUCGAGAUCGACUCCAAGUUCAAAGCUAA